AGUGCAGCCCUCCCGUUCCCUGCCGCCGCCCCUGCCCCCUGCAGCUCGCUAUCGCGGCGUGGGAGGAGCAGCAGGGUGCCCCGAAAGUGCAACCGAGGGAGGAAGCUCUUUGGGGUUUGCUUGUUGGUGCUUUCACAGAGCUGCAGCGUCUGAGCCGGGUGUUCGCUGCUGGAGCGAUGCAGGUGUCCAAAACCAAAGCUGGGUCUUCGGCACGGGCUCAGGCUGGGGCAGCGCCGGCAGCUUUUGGCGGCCGUACGGAAGAUCACAGCAAGCGCGCCCAGCCCAUGCCGCUCCCGGCCACGCCGCAGGACUUGAACUACCUGUACCCUCAGAUCUUUUGGGUGGACGGCUGUUCCAACGCCAGCACCCCCUGCCCCCCAGCGCCCUCCGUCGCUCCUUUCCCACCGCCAGUCCCUGACCGGAGGAGAAAGCCGGGCAACAGGGAAAGGAGGAGCGUUGGCUUCCUGGUGACCUCUCUGCUGAUCCUGCUGGCUCUCACGGGAGUGGGGCUGAGCAUGUUUCAGAUUUUCCACCUGGAGAAGGAAUUAGCAGAACUCAGAGAGUCUACCGCCACUGAACACGUUCCUCCAGCCUUGGAGAAACUCAUAGGGGAAAAGGAGCAGUUAUUGAAAACAGAAGCCAGGAAGGCAGCGCACUUGACAGGGAACCCAGCCCAGCACAACCUCCCUCUGGAGUGGGAACCUGUCUCUGGCUAUGCCUUCACCAGUGGCAUACAGUACCGUGAUCAGGGUCUUGUCAUCAACGAGACUGGCCUGUACUUUGUGUACUCCAAUGUGCUCUUCCGGGACAGCAUCUGCAGUAGCCAGGUGUUGACCCACAUAGUCUACAAGAAAAACCCAAUCUCACCUAACAACCACGUGCUGAUGGAAGACAAACUCAUCAAUUACUGCACGGGUCUCAAGAAGUGGGCCCGGAAAAGCUAUCUGGGGGCUAUAUUUAAGCUGGGGAAGAUGGACAGUUUGCACGUCAAUGUCUCCAAAGUGGCUCUGGUCAAUUUUGAGGAAUCCAAGACAUUCUUUGGCUUAUUUAAGCUUUGAGUGGAGCUGUUGGAGCAUGGCUACCAGGUCCUCGGACACUGGGACAUGUUAAGAGCAAGUGCUGCCUGAGGGUCAGUGGUCAAGCCAGGGUCUCAUGCCAUGGAGCCCACCAAGAAACUGUGCUUUGGCUUCAGCAUGAGUGAGUUCAACUUGUAAAGGGCUGGAAGCAGACCUCUGAGAACAGUGGGGCUGUACUGCAUCAUUCUGAAGAGAAUUCCACAUACUAUCCCCACCAAGAAACUCAAGGCAUGGUGUGCUGGAGACCCCACUGAAACUCACUACAUGCUACCUGAGAAUACUCUGAUGCCAGUAGCUCCACAUGGCAUCAUAGCCCUGGUGAUCUUGUGCCAGCAGGUAUGUUGGGACAGCUGUCAGGCAUCAAAGAGGCCCCUCAAGCCAAGGCUGUGUGUGCCUGGGCUAUGUUAUGCCGUAACACAGGCAGCAUUAUGGGAACAAAUAGUGUGGAUGCCUCAACUGCCUCCCCACCCUGCCCAGGUACUUGGCACUGUGACUGCCAUACAGCAGGACCUGCCUGCUAGCUGGCUCACUGCACAUGAUGCUUUCACUUUGCAUUAAGUUAUUGACUGUUCUUGUCCCAGAAAAUAUCCUCAACCCUUUUAUUUAACUCAUCCUGACUGCCUUGCAAGGACUGUGCCAGAAGCAACAGUGCCAUGAGAAGGAUCCCGACUCUGGAGAGAAACCAUGAAUGUGCCAUGGAGGGGGAGCUAGUGGGGAGGUCAUGUGCUCUGCUGACAGGACCUGGGCACACCACUGGUGCCCAAGAUGAAAGCAUCAUCUCCAGGUGCCUUCCCACCCUUUUGAUAGAUCAGGAUCUCCCAUGGCGAUCUGCUCCUGCCACCCCCUGCACAUACUGGUUGCCAUCAAUGGCGUGGCUUUGGCUGAUCCCCUUAUCAUGGGAUAUUCUCUCCUGAGCAAAGCACAGAUGGUGUUUACAUUAACAAUAAAAGCAUAUUUUUCUAUUAA